ACACACACACGCACACACUGUAUCAUAAACUUUCCAAUGCACCCUUAAACUGAAUUAAGAAACCUGCGCUCCUGUUAAAACAAAUGCACCCGCUCCCCUGCGCACGUACUCACUGCCCUUCCCUAACCCAAUCACUGAGCCAAAUACUUUCUAACUUCUUUUUUUUUCCUCCUGGCCCCAUAAAUCCCGCUCCUGACUGUUGCGGGUAGGGAAGGGUGGCUUCUAUAGAAGUGCAGGGGAGAAGACUGGAUAAUGCCAAAUCUGGGGCCUAAUGGCCUCCUGUUCCAAUUUGUAAAUGCCAUUUGAAUAAGGAACUGGGUUUAACUAGCUUUAGCUGAUAAAAUAUGUGUCAGGUCAUUUAAGGUGACAUGGCUGUGUGACUGCCCGAGGGCUCUGAAGGAGCUGGUGCUGGGCAUUCUGCCACCCGAAACUUCUUUCCUGCAUAGCCGGCUGCCACAUGACACGCUACUCCACUUACGUAUUGAACACAGCCCUUGAAUAAUGAACUGGAAUUUGACUGGCUUUAAGAGCUGGGGUAUUUUCUAGGUCACCCCAAAGGGCAGUUUUGAAGUUGUUGGUGCCGUCAUUCCCAACCCAAAGCUUUAUUCAAGUGCAGGAUGCUGACUUAUUAGUUCUCUACCCCAUGUCUGUCCUUUAUGGAUUUGGCAUUUGACCAAUUGGUUUUUGAUUGCUUGUGUGUAACUAGAUUCUUUUUGGGUCUCCCCAAGUAACCUGACCAUAGGCAUGCCAGUUCUCCCUAUGAUGUUGUAGAGUGGUGGUUUUCAACCUGUGAGUGGGGACCCAAAAGUGGGUCGCAAGAAUAUGUGAAAGGGUUGCAAACAAACUUUAAAAACAGAUUCUCCUUUAAAAGAGAAGGGCGUGGGAAACCAUAGCUUUCCCCUUGCACACGCUGGCAGAGUUGCAUCCUGCAAGGGGCUGCUUGGGGCCCCCCCAUACCCCACACACUGGGGGAGCUGGGGGUGGGGGGCAGCAGAUCAGGAGUGAGGGGCACUGGGUCUGGACUGGCCAUCCAUGUUGACAAAUGGGUCCUGGUACAACAAAGGCUGAGAACCACUUUUGUAGUGAAAGGCUGUGACACCCCAGCUCCUUGCUGUGAAGCAUCAGGACACUCACUGUCCACGGGCAGUGCCCGCUAGAGGGCUCUGCCUGAGUCCUUUGUCUCUUUCUAACUGCUCAGUUUCCCAGGUCAGAUGCUGCUGCUUCUUCCUCCAUUGUGAUUUGGGAGUUUCAGAGGAGCUUCUGCUGCUCUCCCAGAGGGGUCUGUGCUCCAUUAAACCUCCCUCUGUGCCUCUACCUAUCUCCAGUCCAGGGGUGACUUUCCCUGGUGGCAUCAACUAGCUCCAGAGGGCAGCUCUGGGCUCUGCUGACACCGACUCCUGAGCUGGAGACUCCAGCAGCCCUUAACCCAUGAAGACAGACAGGUCAGACAUGGGCAUCAAAACUGAGCAGAAUAACUUGAGCUGGGUGCCUUUGUGAAAGCUUGUCCAUGUGUACACAUGUUUUGCUGAGCAGCAGGAUUUCCAGUUUCCGGAUCCAAUGUGACCUCACUGAUGGAACAAGAGGAAGAGCCUUGGGUCCUGGAUCUUCAGGGAUGCAAAGAAAGGGAGAUUGUGAAAGGGACCUGCAUUGCAGGUGGUGUGGUAGUGAGUGACAAUGAGGACAUGGAUCUCCCAAAGGAAAGUCCUGACGAUGUGGAACCCCACGGGAUGGUACCGGGGAGAGCCAAAGGAGACUUUCCCCAGAGCCGUGAGCUGUUGGAAGUCCCUGAGAACUGGCACAAGCCAGAGAGACUGCGGAGAGAUCACUUUGGGGAGAGAUGGGGUAGAUCUGCCAACCAGGGAGAAGGUCUACAGGAUAGCAUAGGCUGUAAGUUGACCUCUGCAGCAGAGAGCCAGAGUGCAUGCAGCGAGUGUGGGAAGCAGUUCAGUCGGAGCUCAUACCUCGCCCAGCACCAGCGCGUGCACACAGGGGAGAAGCCCUAUGCCUGCCCUGCAUGUGGGAAGAGCUUUGCCGUGAGCUCGGCACUCAUCCGGCACCAGCGGACUCACACAGGUGAGCGUCCCUACCAGUGCCCCGAGUGCGAGCGGUGCUUCAGCCGCAGCUCCCACCUCAUGAGGCACCGGCGCUGUCACAUGGAGGUGGGGCUCUGCCAUGGCUCCAGCUCCCAGCUCGCUGGGCCCCAAGGCAUCACUGCAGGUGAGAGACCAUACGCCUGUCCCGACUGUGGGAAGAUGUUUGGGCAGAGCUCAGACCUGGUACAGCACCAGCGAAUCCACACAGGGGAACGUCCAUACGCCUGCUCCGACUGCAGCAAGAUCUUCAGCCGUAGCUCACACCUGAGGCAGCACCAGCGCACCCACACUGGAGAGCGACCCUAUGCCUGCGGGGACUGUGGCCGAUGCUUCAACGAUGGCUCCUACCUCGUUAAACACCAGCGCACCCACACUGGGGAGCGUCCCUAUGCCUGCCCCGACUGCGGGAAGGGCUUCAGUGUCAGCUCCCAGCUUGUCCGGCACCGGCGCAUCCACACAGGAGAGAAACCCUACACCUGCCCCGACUGCGGGAAAAGCUUCAGCCAGGGCACGGACCUGGCCACCCAUCAGCGUUCGCAUACAGGCGAACGGCCCUACACUUGCCCUGACUGUGGGAAGGGCUUCGGUGACAGCUCCUCCCGCAUCAGGCACCACCGGCUGCACAUCCGGGACACCUCAUGACCGCAUUGGGCAGAGAGAAGGCACCCUGCCCAUGCUGCUGCACAAGACAGGCUGGGAAACUGGCCUUGCUGGGACAGAUCAGGGAUUCAGCCACUUGGAGCCAGGCAAGGGAUCUUGUUGUACACAACCAGGCUGGGAUUCAGCCACAUGGAUCAAGACCUGAGAUCCAGCCAUGUGGGACCUGGACAGGAUCCCACAUGGGUCCCAACCGGUCACCCCUUGUGUGAGGUUAUGUAGGGAACCUAGGUGUGUGGGGCCAGACCGGGGAGUCAGGAAUCAGCUAUAUGGAAAUAGGCAGCUGAUUAAGAGGCAUGAGGCCAGACUGGGGAUACAGCUGAUUGAGAGCCAGGCCAGGGAUGCAAGUGGGGCUGGCUCAGAUUUGCUCUAAAUUUGCCAUUUGUUUUACACUCUUAAGAGAAAACAGCAUUAUUUUAAAGUCCAGCUGCAGAUUCAUUUUUGCACAAUGGGGAGCCAAAAAUAUCUAUCCAUUUAUUUUGGUCCUGACAAUUUUUGGCCACAAACCUGAGCAACACUCUGUUACUCAUGCUAGCAGGUUAACCACAAUUACUGGUGGCAGGAAAUAAACUGUCUAUGUUCUGACCAGGGUUAAUUGGAGGGAAUUUGCUGUUCCCAUGACCACCAGUGAUAUUUGCCUCACAAGGGUCUGGCCAUGCAUCUCUACUCAGAGGAGUAGGUGACCUAGAGCUGAUUGGAGACUGCUUGGCAUAGCAAACCCCAGGGAGGAGGGGAGAUACCUCUAAUCAGCCCCUGACCUCUGCAGGAUCCUGAUGUCUCUGGACAACUUGGAGAUAGGUUGGGUGACUAUGAUGGGAGAAACACACUUAACGGUCACCUCUCUACAGAGAAGCCCUCCAAAUGGCUCAAGUCUGAUCCUCACUUGGGAAUGGAGUGGCUUCUCUCCUGUUCCAUCAUGGUGUUCUGACAACUAGACUGGUCCAGUUCAUUUUUUCUCACAUGAUAAUAAAGGUUUUUGGGGUUUUUUUUACAAA